GCGCGGAGGUAACAUCGUUGGGCCGCCGCAGCCUCUCCACUGGAACUGGCACGUGUGUGGAUACGAUCUGUGUUUGUGACUGUGUUGUGUACAUUUGUAAAUUAAUACUGCAGUGAUGCACCAACUUUGUUAAAUAACAGGAUUGCGGUUUAUAGGGUUAACUCAAAAUAUUAAGAUAGAAUUAGCAAAUUCGAUAAAAAAUGUAUUUAGACUUAGGGGUGUUCUGAUUACGUUAAAAACGUAAACGUAUAUUCUCGCAACUAUUUCAGCAAAUAUUAUCGCAUUUUGGUUUUAUUGACGUAUUUUGCUUGUAAGUAAUUUUUAAAUGUCUACGAAUAGAGUUAACCAGAUUUUUUAAAAUAUACUUAAACUAUUGUGACCUCGAAACAAUCCAAGUGAGUGCGGACUGAUCAGCUGGUUACAGGACAAUUACGUUACAUCGUCAUCUUGCCCAGACAGGACUAUGACUACAGCGCUUCUCGACCUUCGCCCCCAAGAUAAGAUAAGGCAAAGUCGUCUUAUUCGGGAAAUGAUUUUCGUUCGCGAAGGUUCAUGUCCGUGUGUCGCGGUUUGAAAUUUCGGUUAGGCAAAAUUUUCGAUCCGCAGACUGUGUUUUAAUGUUUUAGUUUGCCGUAUUCGGUGACAUAUAGACUUUCUGCCUCGCGAUGCCGGCGCACGUGCCUCAGUACAAGGACCUGGAGCAGGACUGGUACACGCUGUGUCAGAACUGCACGGACUGUUGGACCUCCUCAGAUUUACAACUAGCAGCAGAGUUGGGGAAAACUCUUCUUGAAAGAAACAAGGAACUUGAGACUGCUCUGAAACAGCAUCAGAAUGUCAUUGAGGAGCAAACCCAGGAAAUUGAGUACCUGACCAAGCAGACGGCAGCGCUGAGGGAGGUUAACGACUCUAGACUCAGGAUUUACGAGCAGCUCGAAGUCAGCAUCCAGGAGCUGGAGCACACCAAUCAGAAACUCUCUGUUGACAACAUAUCAGACAAGAAACUCAUUAAGACUUUAACUUCACAAAUAGAAUCACUUGAACUAAGAUGCGAGGAUCUACAAAAGUCAGUGGACGAGAUGGCAGUAGCACAGGAGAGUGCCCGACGGAGACAGCGCAGGUCUAUCUGUACCCCGGACACACCAGUCCCCGCCACCACCCCCGCACUGCCACUCCCUGCCGUACCCGCCCCCGCCCCCGCUGAUGACGAGGAGCUGCUGCAGUUGCUACAGCAGGUACAGGAGCUACGCAGUCAGCGGGCGCGGGACCAGCGGAGAGUGGCUGACCUGGAGGAUCAGAUGACUCAACUGAUACAGGAGAAUGCUUGUCUGGAGGAGAGGGUGGCAGUGCUGCAUCAGAAGGAGGAGGAGAUGCAAUCUUUACAAGAGGAACUCUCCACAUUAGAGGAGAUCAGGCAAGGACACCUCUGUCGCCGCUGCCUGAGAGGCCAGGAUGCUGGGACUCUGACGGCUGAUGAAGAUGAUGAUGACAUCAGUGUAAUUGACUCACUUGUUGAUGAGAGUCAACGCAAGUCCGUCCUGAUGCAGCUGCAGGAGUCGCUGGGAGACAGUUGCCAUGGAGAUAACCCCUAUCGAGAUCUGGUGGAGAAAUACGAAGCACUACUAAAGGUUCAAAGACAUCCAGGGGUGAUCAGGCCCCCGCAGACUGUGUCUAGCAACAACUGUCUGUCCCUGCAAGAGGAGCUGCAACUGUCUGGGGACUUCUUCCAGAAGGAGGAGAUUGAUAGCGAGGGAGAGACACGUGAACUACCAAAGAAAGAUCCUGUCAAAAUUACACCAAACGGAAAAGCCUUCUCGGCAACCCCAACAGACUUCUCUGAAGCAGAAACAUCUUCCUCAGGCUUUUCAGAUGAAACUAGCAACAAAGGAACACAGACUGAUGCUCAUUUCCCCCCGGGUUCGUUCCUCUGUACCAUCAGUGAUGGAGAUGACUGUAGGUUCAGCAUAUAUGAUGAUGCCAGUCCAGUCGAGAGUAGGUUUAGAAAGACUCCGGAAUACCGUCAGUUGUUUAGGGAAAUAUUUGCUGUCUUGAAAAGAGCUGCAGAAGCUAAAGAUGAAGGUGAGAAAUUACCAUUGCUGGACGAUUUCACUCCUGUUGCCGAAGAAGCGCCUAAAGUUCCCCCUGUAACACCAGCAAAAGAAGAUUUCCCCUCUAGGAUUCCUGACCCAGAAGAAGAAAUGUCUCAGUUCACGGAAGACCAGUCUGAUAUUGUUAGUCUUGAUCCCCCUGAGUCUGUAAGCUCUUCUUUCGCAGCCGGCUCUGAUCUUCCUUGCGGAUCAACACCCAAAGUCAACAGAAAUGAUGCACCUCUUCCCUGUGAUGAAAGUGCUAUAAUUCAGUCCCCUGAACAAGGCCCAUCUUCAUCGACUGAAGAAAGGAAAAAGCCCACUAGAGAUUAUAUGGAAUGCUUAUCAUCUGGUGUCGGUCCCAAGAAGAAGUCAUCAAAGAAGAAAUCUGUCAUUACUGUUGAAUCAGCCCAAGUACUAGGAAUCACAGCAAAAAUUGUCCAUUCCAGCAAAGUUACCAGAAGAAAGAAGGAAGUAAGGAUGAAUGAAAGUGUAAAUAAAACGGCAGAUAGAGUUACUUGGUGUGUCAGCGACAAUGAUGUAGUAAAUAGAGUGAACAGCGAAAAAAGUGAAACACAGAGGCACAGUUCUGCUUGGGACAGCCAUUUUACCAAGGCUGCUACACAGGUUGCGACCUUGAAACUGCUGGAUAAGUCAUAUGCGGAAGUAUUGCGUCAAUCUGGCAGAAAGAAGUCCCACUCCCGGGGACAUAACUCUCACAGAAAUUAGGUUUAAGGAAUUCAAAUCAUUCCUUGUGUGAUUUUAAUGACAAUAUUAUUGAUUUUACUAAAAUUUGAAAUUAAGUUUCACAAAAUAAUAGAAUUGACAAAGAAAUAAGACUUGGAUAAUAUGACCUCAAAAAGAAAAUUUUUGGAUGACAAUGUUAAAGGCAUUUCAUCAAGCUCUACUUAAAAAAAUUAAAAACUAUCUAUUCAUGCAAUUCAUAAUUUUUUAUCCCAUUAAUUACAAACAACGAGUUGUUAAUUAGUGUUAAAACCAUAAAAAAGCAAAUUUAAUUAAUGAUUAACUAAAGAUAUCUAAGGUAAAAAUAUGAUAAGCUUAUUAAUUUACUUAUUAUAUUUUAUAUACCUUGUCCUUAAUAUAUGUUAUAAGAGUACUCCUAAGUCUUAUGAAAAAUACAGUUACAUCUUUAAAGCUUAUUGUAAAAUACUCCAUAAUUUAUUGAUAAAAAGCUAUAAAUGAUAAAUGAAUGUAUCUUGCAUACCGUAUUGUAAUAAAUAAUUGUUAAAUCUCUCUUUCAAUAUCAUUCUUUUUUUACACACUGUGUGUACAUUCAUUGCAUAUUUAUUUACUUAGUAAUACGAUAAGUUUUUUUUUAACUUAGUUGCAUAAUGAUAGUAUUUUGAAAGGCAGACGCUGAUCAUGCCAGACUGCCUAAUGUGCCAUCAUUGUAUAAGGUUUGUAACUAGUGUAUAUUCUUCAUCGGUUGUCAUAGGUUCUUUUAUUUUCUAAAGCACAUCGAUUGUCUAUUAGAAAGGCAUCGGACCAAUCUUCUGGUAUAGUAGUUUUACCUUUAUACCCUUAGCAGUGUUGUAUUAUAUUUUAUAACUUAUGUUUUAGUUUUUGUGAUAUUUUCUGUAUAUUAUUUUAUUUCCCAUUCUGUUGUGAAUAAAUUGGAUGUAGAUUAUUUCAUAA